UCAUGUACUCCCUUCCUGAUAGGUUGCAUCAAGAGAGGAGAACAUGGGAAAGAUGAUCGUGACAAUGUUUUCCAGUGUUGCAUGAACGAGUGCGUUAACGACGAGGUGAUUGUGACAAUGCCUAUCUGAACUCGGAGCUCUUUGCGCAGGUGAAGGAAGAGUGUGUCAAGCAGGUUAACAUGACCUUCUGAUGUUCAGCUCUGAAUCAAUGACACCGUAGGGGCCAUCCAGAAGUCUGGUUUUAUCUUACUCUAGCUUAUAAGAAGUGGCUCUUUCAGUCACUCAAAUACCACUGUGUUUUAUUAGAAGAUGAAACAGAAUGCACUAGCGUGAUAAGUGAGGAUCUUAUAAUAUCAUCAGGCCACAGAGCCAGAGGGUAUUGAUCGUGUGAUUGUUUGAGGAAUUAGCUCACCACAGGAUGGGCUAAUCCAUCAUUGGAUGACCCAACCCCUGAUUUAGUAGUAGGCUUAUGAUUUUACAAAGGAUGAGAAAAUGGUGAUGUUGAGCAACCCAUUCCAUUCCUCAGAGUGAGCGAGUUUAGUCGAGAGCUGGAACCGGAUGGUCGAUCCUUUCACUGACCAGUUCCUCAAACCAAACACCCCAUACUUAUCCAUCACCAUAAUGCUUUUACGAAAUAAAACAUAGCAAAAUAAAUCAAAUGAAAGUUGUAGAAAACAAAACCAACUUUGCCAGGACAUCUGAUUAACUGUCUUGGGAUAUUUUUUUUCCAUGGUAUGAAAGCAAAAUGAAAACGAAAUCAAAUAACAGGGAGGAUGGGGAGUGAUAUUACGUGGCGUAGGAUGAUAUCAUAUUUCCAGUGCUGGGAAAUAUUGGCUAGCUCUUUUUUAUUUAAUUUUGUGGAGGAGGACGUCUUGACCAGCAGGCAGCAGGCGUCAAGAGGGUAGUACUGCAAAAGGUGUGUCCAGCACGCAUUGGACCUCUCCACCCAAAGCUGGCAAGAGAUUUUUCAACCCAAAAGCUUCUGCGGACAUGGCUGAUAAUUACUGUGUUAGCUUCUUGCUGUUCUUCGCGGCACUGAUUUCUCUACUACCCAAAUCUUACCCAGAGUCCACAAAUCAGUACAGUGAUGAACACCAAAUCCUUCUGGGACUCAAGAGAUACUGGGGGAACUCACCUGUGCUUGGCAGAUGGAACUCCAUUUCCUCUGACCACUGUAGCUGGGGAGGACUUGCAUGCACAAAAGGUGAGGUCACUGCCAUCUCCCUUCCACGGCAAACCCUUAGGAAACCAAUCCCACCGUCCCUUUGCCACCUCAAGAAUCUUGCCUACUUGGACCUCUCUUACAACAACUUCUCCACUUCAUUCCCCACCGUACUCUACAAUUGCUCUAAUCUCAAGUGCCUGGACCUUUCCAACAACGCCUUUGGCGGGAAACUCACAGCUGACAUAAACCGUUUAUCAGCAAAGCUAGAGCAUCUCAACUUAUCAGCCAAUCGUAUCAUGGGCGAAAUCCCACCAUCCAUUGGAUGGUUUCCAAAGCUCAAGUCACUGAUCCUCGACAACAAUCAGUUUGAUGGAAGUUAUCCAGUGCAGGACAUCAGCAAUCUAGCCAGCCUCGAGAUGCUGACUCUAGCGGACAAUCCAUUUCUGCCAGCUCCGUUCCCAGUUGAGUUUGGCAAGUUGGCACGCCUUACAUACUUGUGGCUGUCGGGUAUGAACAUGACAGGUGAGAUACCUGAGAGCCUAUCAAGCCUCACAGAGCUCAGCCUCUUGGCUGUGUCAAAUAAUAUGCUGCAAGGCACAAUUCCGACAUGGAUAUGGCAGCAUAAGAAGCUUCAGCGCUUGUACAUGUUUACCAACAGUUUCACAGGCGAGAUUUCACCCAAUGUCACAGCCGUAAACUUGGUGGAGCUUGAUGUGUCCUCAAACAAUUUAGCAGGGACAAUACCAGAUGACUUUGGUAGGCUCAUCAACCUUAACCUGUUGUUUCUCUACAUGAACCAACUUCAUGGGUCAAUACCGCCAAGCAUUGGGUUGCUGCCGAAUCUCAGAGACAUCCGGCUAUUUGACAACAAGUUAUCUGGUUCCCUUCCACCAGAGCUCGGAAGGCACUCGCCACUAGGAAAUCUUGAAGUCUGCAACAAUAACCUUUCUGGUGAGCUGCCAGCUGAUCUUUGCUUCAACAGAAAAUUAUAUGACAUCGUUGUGUUCAAUAAUAACUUUUCUGGAAAACUUCCAGAAUCGGUAGACGGCUGCUAUCUGUUAAACAAUUUAAUGUUGUACAACAAUCAUUUUACUGGAGAGUUCCCCAAGAGCCUCUGGUCAGUGGUGACAAAUCAGCUAAGCACAGUUAUGAUCCAAAACAACAAUUUCUCUGGGACCUUUCCUACCCAGCUACCAUGGAACUUUACACAUCUUGAGAUAAGCAACAACAGAUUCUCUGGUCCCAUUCCAACUUUAGCAGGCAAAAUGAAAGUAUUCAAGGCAGCAAAUAACUUGCUUUCUGGCCAAAUUCCCUGGGAUUUGACGGGCAUUUCACAGGUAGAAGACCUUGACCUUUCUGGAAAUCAAAUUACUGGAUCAAUACCCAUGGCAAUUGGAGUGCUGAAGCUCAACGCACUUAAUCUAAGUGGAAAUCAGAUAUCUGGUACUAUACCUGCAGCAUUUGGGUUUCUGUCAGAGCUAACCAUCCUUGACCUCUCCUCGAAUGCGCUAUCUGGCGAGAUCCCAAAAGAGAUCAAUAAGUUGAGAUUGAACUUUGUAAACCUCUCCGUGAAUCACCUCACAGGGGAAAUUCCAACAUCAUUGCAAAGCGAAGCAUAUGAGCAAAGCUUCCUCUUCAACCCAGGCCUCUGUGUCUCAUCGAACAAUUCCAUCCCAAAUGUCCCAAUUUGCAGGGCAAGAGCAAACACCAAGUAUGAUAUUUUCAGGACGCUUAUAGCCCUCUUUUUUGUUCUUGCAAGUGUCAUGCUUGUGGGUUCGGCAGUUGGUGGUUUCUUGCUAUUAAAGAGGCAAAAGAAUAGCCAAGAUCCUCUAUCAUGGAAACUGAACCAGUUUCACGCACUGCAUUUCACAGAGUAUGAUGUUCUUUCUGGGCUCUGUGAGCAGAACUGGAUUGGAAGUGGCAGGUCUGGCAAGGUGUACAGAAUGUGUGUUGUGGAUGGAGAAGGUGGUAGUAGAAUGGUGGCUGUUAAAAAGAUAUGGAACACGCAGAACCUUGACAACAAGCUCGAGAAGGACUUCCUUGCAGAGGUCCAGAUAUUGGGUGAGAUCCGGCACACGAACAUUGUCAAGUUGCUCUGCUGCAUCUCAAGCUCAGAGGCAAAGCUUCUUGUCUACGAGUACAUGGAAAAUGGUAGCUUAGACAGGUGGCUGCAUCAGAGAGAUAGAGUUGGUUCACUGGUGCCUUUGGAUUGGCCCACUAGAUUGCAAAUUGCCAUCGACUCAGCAAGAGGUCUCUGCUAUAUGCACCAUGAUAUUUCACCAGCAAUAGUGCACUGUGAUGUCAAGUCUGCUAAUAUCCUUCUGGGCCCCGAGUUCAGAGCAAAGAUAGCCGACUUCGGUCUUGCUCAGAUUCUUCUCAAAACCGGAGAUCCUGCGUCAAUUUCUGUCAUAGGUGGUACCUUUGGCUACAUGGCACCAGAGUACGGAUACCGGCUUAAAGUGAAUGAGAAGGUCGACAUCUACAGCUUCGGAGUAGUUCUGUUGGAGCUCACAACGGGGAGGGUGGCAAAUGAUGGAGGCUUGGAGUAUUGCUUGGCAGAUUGGGCAUGGAGACAGUAUCAAGAGUAUGGCCUGUCAAUUGAUCUUCUUGAUGAAGACAUUCGAGAUCCAGCCAACAUUGAAGAUGCUUUUGCAGUGUUUACGCUAGGUGUGAUCUGUACGGUUGGGCAACCUUCAGUACGGCCAUCAAUGAAGGAUGUGUUGUAUGCUCUUCUCCGUUUUGAACAUAAAUCAAGGGAAAGAAGCCUGCAGCAUGCUGUCUCCGAAGAAACAUCACUUCUAGAAUCCUAGAAUAACUGAAGACGUAGAGGAAUAACGAUAUUCCAGUUGAUGGAGUAUAAUCUAUCAUGAGAAUUUGUGGGUGGAAAUUGUGUAGGUGAUUUUCUGUUUCAUUCUCUUUCACAUGCUAGUUUACUCUUUCCUUAUUCUAUCGACAUUGAGCUUGUGGAGUGUACAAGUAUUGCAGCCACAAACUCAAUAAAAUUCCAGGCUAAAUGGACACGCAGUUAUUUUCUAAUAUGCAGACCAAAUAUUUGCUGAAAGAGUAGAUAAACGACUAUGAAAUUACUGGCUUUUUGGCCAGUGUGUAUGUGCAACAUUUAGCUUCUUAGCAGGCUAAUCAAAGUGGGUGAGAUAUUUGCAUAUUAUCAUGAGAAAAAAGUGAUAAUUAUUAUAGAUCGGUUACUCCAAUCUAGUUGCUAAACCUGAAGGGGGGAUGGGGUGGCGCUAUGCUUUGAUGUGCUAAAGGAACACUUUACAUUUACAGGUUAAUAUUUAGGCCAUGAGGCUUGCUUACACAGAACUACUGCUAAAACACACACACACACAAAUCUGAAAUUCUAGCUGCCUCUUGAAAAAAUAUCUAAAUUCACAAGGUAAACAUAAAUUGAAACUCUUUCCUCAACAGAUAAAAAUAAUUGGACAAGAGCAUGUAUGGAAGAGUCUAGAAUAGAGUAGAGGUGUGUGAAUGUAGUACAGAUGAUAAUUAUAUUCUCCAUUAGAAUAGGUGCACUAAGUUUAAUCAUGAAAACUUUCAGAUACUACACAUGGCAGGAUUUGAUGUAACGAAUGGUAAAUCAAACAGCCAGAUUUGCCGCAUCCUGACCAUUGGAUCAAUUCCAUCCAAUGCUCUAUGUUCAAAGCUAUUAAUACACUAUAUAGUGGUAUACUUCCUCCGUUCCUAAAUAUAAGUCUUUCUAGAUGUUUCACUAAUGGAUUACAUACGAAUGUAUA